AUGGGAUUGUCAUCAGAAUACAGAGUUUUAGCUUUGCUUGGUUUGGUAAUUUCCUUUGUGGGUUUGUUAGCAGCAGAAAGUGGUAAAAAUGGGUCAAUGAAUGUGAGAGGUUACAUUACUUGGGAUGAUUUGACGGUGGACGAGAAUGGCUUAGCUUCAAAAUCUAAAAGUGAUGUACAGGUUAUUGUGGUUGACCAGAAUGGAAAUGGCGAUUCAUCUACAGUUCAAGGGGCUGUGGAUAUGGUGCCAGAUCAGAACUCACAGAGGGUGAAGAUAUACAUUUCCCCUGGAACUUACAGAGAAAAGGUGUUUGUACCAAAGAACAAGCCAUAUGUCUCAUUCAUAGGGAAAAGAAAUCAAACGCAUGGUGUGGUGAUUACUUGGAACAGCAAGUCAUCAGACAUUGGGUCAAAUGGCCAAGAAUUAGGGACUUACGGUUCAGCAACUGUGGCAGUAGAAUCUAAUUACUUCUGUGCAAAUAGGAUCACUUUCGAGAACUCUGUAGUUGCAGAGGCUGGUGGACAUGGAAUGCAAGGGGUAGCUUUGAGGGUAGACAGUGACAGAGCCAUGUUCUACCAAGUUAGAAUCUUGGGAACACAAGACACUCUUUUGGAUAACACAGGAACUCAUUAUUUUCUCAAAUGCUUCAUCCAAGGAAAAAUUGACUUCAUUUGUGGCAGUGCAAAAUCACUCUAUGAGGAUUGCCGUCUCAAGUCGACAGCUGAUAGCUAUGGAGCAAUUGCAGCUCAUCACAGGGAUACGCCCAGUGAAGAAACAGGCUUUUCUUUUGUAGGCUGUUCAAUCCAAGGAACUGGUAAGGUCUACCUUGGGAGAGCAUGGGGAGACUACUCAAGAAUCAUAUAUUCAAGCUGUCAUAUGGAUGACAUUAUAAUCCCACAAGGAUGGACUGAAUGGAAUCACCCUUCCAGAAAGAAGACUGCACUUUUUGGAGAGUUUCAGUGCCAAGGAAAAGGAGCAGAUAGAAGUGGAAGAGUUCCAUGGUCAAAAUCUUUCACUUUUGAGGAAGCAAGGCCUUUUCUGGACAGAAACUUCAUAAAUGGAGACCAAUGGCUCAGAUUGUAG